UAUUAGAGCCAGAUGAACAGCUAAGCACCUUACAGCUUCUCAUUUAUCUUCUACCUCCUUGUAACUGCGAUACCCUACACCGACUGCUGCAGUUCCUCUCCACAGUGGCUGGCCAUGCAGAAGACACCACAGACAAAGAUGGCCAAGAGAUUACUGGGAACAAAAUGACAUCACUUAACCUGGCAACCAUCUUUGGCCCUAACUUAUUGCACAAGCAGAAAUCUACAGACAAAGAAUUCUCAGUUCAGAGCUCAGCUCGAGCUGAAGAGAGUACUGCGAUCAUAGCUGUCGUACAAAAGAUGAUUGAAAACUAUGAAGCCCUUUUCAUGGUUUCCCCUGACCUACAGAAUGAAGUGCUUAUUAGCUUAUUAGAGACUGACCCAGAUGUUGUGGACUAUUUGUUGAGGAGGAAAGCUUCCCAGUCAUCGAGCCCUGAGAUGCUGCGGUCAGAAGGUUCCUUCUCCACAGGAGGAAGACAUUCUUCCACAGACUCUAACAAAGCUUCAAGUGGGGAUGUCUCUCCUUACGACAACAACUCCCCAGUGCUGUCUGAGCGCUCGCUGGUGGCAAUGCAAGAAGAAGUUGUUCGCAGCCCAGAUAAGCUAUACAAGGUACCUGAGCAGUACACACUGGUUGGACACUUGCAGCCUAAGACAAAGGAGAAUUCUUCUGCAUCACAGGCUGGAAAAGAUGUCUCUGAAGAUCAUUUUGAUAUCUGGGGUACUUGGCAUUCAACGCUGAAAAGUGGUUGCAAAGAUCCAGCAAUGACAGGUUCUUACGGGAACAUUUACGAAAGCAGCUUGCUGCGACCCGGACAGUGCUCUCUCUCCCAGGGGAACCUUGCCAUGUAUUCUCCUCGGUGGCAGAGCAGCUCCUCCGAGCUGGACACCGGCAGACACGUCAUGCGAAGGAGCCAGACGACUGCUGCCAUCCCUGAGUGUCAGCUCCAUCCCAUGAUGUCUCGGGUGUGCAGUAACCCACAAAUCGAAGUCGGCAGUAGGAGUUCAGACCUGUCGCACUCCAGGUCGGAGCAGCACUUGACUUUAAGCAGUGUAGAGGACCUCAGCGAGCGUGACUCGCACACGGGUUGUUUGCAAAGCACAGCCAAGCCCUCCUACGGGAAAGAGCGGCCGCCACCCCCCUACCCAGGCACAGCAAAAACAAGCUCUGCGGCGUCACAGCGAUCGAGUGUUUCUUCAACGUUGCACUCUUUCUGGAGACUUCAGCGCCCAGAAAAAAGUUCAGGGCUGAGAGCAGCUGGAGGGCCAACAGCCAGAGCCCCUGAGCAGGCCACCUCCAGGCAGGAGCGACCGGCCCCGCACACCCAGGCGGGUCACGUCUGUUCCACAGCACCUCACAGUCAGAACAGUAAAAGUGUUUCAGAGGCAGACUGGAAUGAGUGGCAAAGGGAGAGGUGGCAAAUCUGGGAGCUGUUAUCAGCUGAUAACCCUGAUGCCCUCCCAGAAACCCUUGUAUGA